AUGCCCCCUAAUAGACUGUCCCUGGAACUCUACCAGGCACGUCCCACUGGGGGACGUCCCAAGGGCCUGGCCCAGGACAUUCUGGUGGGAAUACGUCGCUUGGCUGGCUUUGGGAACGCUUGGGAAUUCCCCAGGAAGAGCUCGUCUGUCGCCAGGGAAAGGGAGGUCUGGACUGCCCUACUGAAUGUGCUGCCACCACAAACCUCACCAAGACAAGAGGAUUUAGAAAUUAAUGAACGAAUAAAGCUGUCAGUCUUCUUGACCACAGAUAUUACUCCUUUCUCUGUGGAUGCACAAUAUGAACUUAUUUUAAGGACUGGAGAGAAACCCUUCAGUUGCACUCUGUGUGGGAAGGCGUUUGCACAAUCACCAUAUCUUAAAUUACACCAGAGAACACACACGGGAGAGAAACCCUUCAAGUGCACUGUGUGUGGUAAGGCCAUGGAUCGUGUUGGACAUUUAACACAGCACCAGAGAACUCACACAGGAGAGAAACCCUUCAAGUGCACUGUGUGUGACAAGGCAUUUUCAUAUCCAUCAGUUCUAAGGAACCACCAGAGAACACACACGGAAGAAAAACCCUUCAAGUGCAGUGUGUGUGGGAAGGCAUUUUCAUAUUCAUCUGCUCUUAAAAAACACCGGAGAACACACACAGGAGAAAAACCCUUCAAGUGCAGUCUGUGCGCGAAGGCGUUUUCACAGUCAUCUGCUCUUGUAUUACAUCAGAGAACACACACGGGAGAGAAACCCUUCAGUUGCACUCUGUGUGGGAAGGCGUUUGCACGUUCACAAAAUCUUAAAAUACACCAGAGAACACACACAGGAGAGAAACCCUUCAAGUGCACUGUGUGUGACAAGGCAUUUUCACAUUCAUCAGUUCUUAGGAACCACCAGAGAACACACACGGGAGAGAAACUCUUCAGGUGCAGUCUGUGCGGGAAGGCGUUUUCACAGUCAUCUGGUCUUGUAUCGCACCAGAGAACACACACGGGAGAUAAACCCUUCAAGUGCAGUGUGUGUGGGAAGGCGUUUUCACAGUCAUCUGCUCUUGUAUUACAUCAGAGAACUCACACGAGAGAGAAACCCUUCAGUUGCACUUUGUGUGGGAAGGCGUUUGCACAUUCACAACAUCUUAAAAUACACCAGAGAACACACACAGGAGAGAAACCCUUCAGUUGCACUCUGUGUGGGAAGGCGUUUGCACAAUCACCAUAUCUUAAAUUACACCAGAGAACACACACUGGAGAGAAACCCUUCAAGUGCACUGUGUGUGGGAAGGCGUUUGCACAUUCACAACAUCUUCAAUUACACCAGAGAACACACACGGGAGAGAAACCCUUCAAGUGCACUGUGUGUGACAAGGCAUUUGCACAGUCAUCAGGUCUUCAUAGACACCAGAGAACACACACGGGAGAGAAACCCUUCAGUUGCACUCUGUGUGGGAAGGCGUUUGCACAGUCAUCAAUUCUUAAAAGACACCAGAGGACACACAAGCAUCAGAAGAUCCCCAAGAAAUGGAGUCUGAAAUCGGCUUGUGAAAGUCAAAGUGCUGCAAUGAGCCCAUCCCUCAUGAAACCAGAAGUGAAUCCCAGCUUGGACACUUUUAAAGGUAUCAAG